CGCGCAGGGGAAAAAGACGGUAUCGAGCCAGACGGCUGGUUCACCCGUUAACAGAAACGGCAGCGUCAGUUUCUUCCAUCGCGUCUGGAGGACGUCCGGCUCCGGAGCGUAAUUUUACGCGCGUAGACGUCCGUGUCCAGCUGUUACUCUCACCUUUGCACUUUGAAUUUUUCGCCGCACGCGUGUGUCCGCGGUGCUGAUGUGCGCGCGGAGCUACGUCGGAGGAUGAGAUUGCCGCCGUCGUCGCUGCCGUUUUCGUCGUUCGACGAAUAAUUACGCGCGGGCGGGGAACCGAUUCAGCGGUGCAGCCGCGAGUUACAAUGAACAAGUUAACUCGGAAAAGACGUUCUUAACAUUAAUCGGAAGACGCCAUAUCUAGGCUGACUUUGCCGGAAGUUGGUGGAACAUCGCGGAGAUGACGAAGAAGUUCGAGUUCAACUGGCAGAUCGAGGUGCCGGAAGCACUCCGUAUCGGUUGCGUCUUCGAUCGUUGGACGGAAGAAAAGGAUAACACUGAAAUCGAACUGAAUUGCCUGUUCAAAGUCGACGAGUAUGGUUUCUUUAUUUAUUGGCAGAGCGAAGGGAAGGACGGCGACGUUCUAGAGUUGUGUCAAGUGAGCGAUAUUAGAGCCGGAGGCAUUCCUAAGGACCCUAAGUUAUUGGACAAGCUCAGCAAACAUGGCGAACAGUUGGAUGAGAAAAGUCUGACCAUCUGUUCCGGUGUCGAUUACACCAACAUCAACUAUCAGCACGUCGUAUGUCCGGAUCCUGCCACAGCCAAGGUAUGGUUGGACGGCGUUCGAUCGAUUACGCACAACGUCAAAGCGAAUAACGUUUGCCCGCUUACAUGUCUGAAGAAACAUUGGAUGCGACUCAGGAUGCUGGUGGAUCCUAAUGGAAAAGUUCCAGUGAAAGUGGUCGCGAGAACUUUCGCAUCCGGUAAAACAGAAAAGCUCGUUUACCAAUGUCUCUCUGAGUUAGGCCUACCCAGCGGAAAGAACGACGUAAUAGAACCCGACGAUUUCACCUUCGACGCAUUUUAUGCGCUUUAUCAUAAAAUAUGUCCGAGGAAUGACAUAGAAGAAUUGUUUCAAUCGAUAACACAAGGUAAGGCCGAUACAAUUAAUUUAGAGCAACUUAUUACCUUCCUCAACGAAAAGCAAAGAGAUCCAACCCUGAACGAAAUUCUCUACCCACUUUAUGACGAGAAACGGGCAAUGGAGAUCAUCAAUGAUUAUGAACAGAACGAAGUUGUGCGCAGUGAAAAAACAAUGACGAAGGACGGCUUUAUAAGGUACCUGAUGUCUGACGAGAACGCACCAGUUUUUCUCGACAGAUUAGAUGUUUAUAUGGAUAUGGACCAACCGCUGGCGCAUUACUACAUCAAUUCGAGUCACAAUACAUACCUAAGUGGACGUCAAUUCGGCGGAAAGAGCAGCGUUGAAAUGUAUAGACAAGUUUUACUCGCUGGAUGCAGGUGCGUUGAAUUGGAUUGUUGGGAUGGCAAAGGAGAAGACGAGGAACCGAUAAUCACUCACGGCAAAGCCAUGUGCACCGAUAUUCUAUUCAGGGAUGUUAUAUACGCGGUCAGAGACACAGCCUUCGUUACAUCGGAAUAUCCAGUGAUUCUCAGUUUCGAAAAUCAUUGUAGCAAGAAACAGCAAUUCAAAUUGGCUAAAUAUUGUGAUGAAAUCCUGGGUGAUUUAUUGUUGAAGGAACCACUAAAAGAAUAUCCUCUGGAGCCAGGAGUACCGCUGCCACCGCCCAGUAUGCUAAAACGCAAGAUUCUUAUUAAGAACAAACGCCUAAAGCCCGAAGUCGAGAAGCAGGAAUUGGAGCUCUUCAAACAAGGCCAAUUUGUGAUUGAGGACGAGGUCAAGGAAGACGCCAGCGCGCCGCCUGUGGUCGCCGCCGUCGUAGAACAGCAACCGGUAAAGGAGGAAAUUUCGGAAUCUAUAACGUCGUCAAGCAUUCAACAGCAGCAAUCUGGCAUCGGUCCAAUAGGCCUUGGAGAGAGCAUAGAACUAGUAGCAGCUCAACCUUAUACUGGAAGUACAACCAAUGUACAUCCGUGGCUGUCCUCCAUGGUCAAUUAUGCACAACCUGUAAAAUUUCCUGGUUUUGACGAGGCCGAAGAAAAGGUUAUCCAUUACAAUAUGUCUUCCUUCGCGGAAACGGCUGGUUUGAAUUAUUUAAAAACUUCUGCCAUUGAAUUCGUAAAUUAUAACAAGCGGCAGAUGAGUCGAAUUUAUCCUAAAGGUACACGAGCCGAUUCUUCCAACUAUAUGCCGCAGGUCUUCUGGAACGCCGGUUGCCAAAUGGUGUCACUGAACUUUCAAACCGCGGAUCUGCCCAUGCAACUGAAUCAAGGCAAGUUCGAAUACAACGGAUCUUCGGGCUAUUUAUUGAAGCCGGAUUUCAUGAGACGUGCUGAUAGAAGCUUCGAUCCUUUUGCCGAGAGUCCCGUGGAUGGAGUGAUCGCCACACAGUGCAGUGUCCAGGUGAUAGCUGGCCAGUUCUUAUCCGACAAGAAAGUCGGAACGUAUGUUGAGGUCGAAAUGUAUGGCCUACCGACCGACACGAUACGUAAAGAAUUUCGUACAAGAGUAGUCCCCGCCAAUGGUUUAAACCCCGUUUAUAAUGAAGAGCCUUUCCUCUUCAGAAAAGUCGUUCUACCAGAUUUGGCUGCUUUGAGGUUUGCGGUAUACGAUGAGUCAAAUGGCAAACUGUUAGGACAGAGAAUCGUCCCUUUAGAUGGUUUGCAGGCCGGAUAUCGGCACAUAGCGUUGCGAACCGAAGCCAACUUUCCUAUGUCUCUGCCUAUGUUGUUUUGUAAUAUUGAAAUAAAAAUCUAUGUGCCAGAUGGUUUUGAAGAAUUUAUGGAUGCUUUGACAGCGCCGAGGGCAUUCAGAAAAUCGGAAAGCAUGUCGCAAAAUAAAAUGCGUGGUUUGGGGAUUGAAGAGAGUGAUAGCAAAAACAAUAUGGAUAACAAAAAUAAUAUAUUAUCUCAUCAUCAUCAUCAUCAAGAAGUAUUGAAACCAAGAGAGGAAAUGAAGUUUGAUUCCAUUACUCUGGAAACUCUGAGACAAGAAAAGGGUUAUCAAAAAGUAUUACGGAAACAGCAGAAAGAACUGGAAUCUUUGAAGAAGAGGCACCAUAAGGAGAAAUUGUCAGUCCAAAAACAACAUUGCGUUGCCAUAGAAAAGAUUUUUAAGGGAAAAAACAAAGCGGAGCUUUCAAGGGACCCCAUUGUUCGCCGCGCCGUUUCUGAACAAACGACUCAGUGGUCGCGUCUCGCCGACAGGCAACGCCGAGAGGAACGCGAUUUGGUCCGUGGACAUCUGGAGGAGCGACGAGCACAGCUGUGCAAAUUGUGCGUAGCCGCGCAGCUGGCACAGCAAAAGCAGCUGGCCGCACGUCACGAUCGCGAGAUGAAGGAAAUCACUGCGCGGCAAGCGAGAUUGUCGGUGGAGAGCGCCAAGGAAGUGAUGAACGACAAGACCCUGAAAACGCGUGGGAUCAAAGAAGGUAGACUCAGGGAGAAACAGCAGAAUAAUACGAAGAAGUUCUUGGAGGAACGCAAGAUCGCGCAGAUGAUACAGAACAGAGAGAAGGAGAAACUAAAAGUGAUUCACGAGAAGCAAUUGGAGGAAUUGCAGAAGGAUAUGAAUGCGAUCAUGGAUAUAUACAAGAAUGAAGACAUGGAUUACGAGCCAGCUAAGAUGUUAGCUGAAUUCUACGUGUGAUGAGUGUCAGCCGAAUUUUUCCAUAAUCUUUUCCUGUAGCGAGAAAUGCGCGCUACGAAAGAGGACCGUUUUCAGACAAUUUACUACUAUCGUUAAUUAUACUUGAAAUUGGGAUCAAACUUCAUUAGCUAUCGUUCUUGUAUCUAUCGAUAAAUGUCGCAUAUUGUGAGAAAGAUUAAUAUGCAACUACAGUAAUGUUUCUAAUUCAUUCAGUCAAGUAUUUUUUUAUAAACAGACAUUUUAUGUCUCCAUAGUCUCUGAGUACCUAGACUAACGAGGGAGUCAAUAAAACUAAAGUGAUCUAGUCAAGUAUUAAAUAUACACUUAUACAAAACGUAUAUCAUGAUAUCGCGGCCGAUCACACGGUGUGAUGCACCGUGCGAUUCGACGAAGUGAAUAUUUUUCGAUUGUUAAUGCUAUUGUCGAAGUCUAUCAGAAUGGGAGAUAUGUAUGCGUGUGCGCGUAUGCACGUGUGUGAGACUGUUGUCUAUAUUUGUGAAUCGAUGCCUAAUGCUGAGAGGAAAUUUCUCUGUUACCGUGAUGAUUCCUAGACCAUAUAUACCUUAAGUUGAGAGAUGCUCUCAUGGACCUAGCCGAUAAUUCUCGUGACUGCUAAUAAUGACUAGAAUAUUAGAGUGUUAGAGAAUCUCGAGUCCGUGUAAUUUACAGCCGAAGGCUGUAAUUUGCAGAUCGAAGAAAAUGGCUCUUACACGGCUCUUAAAUGAGUGGUCAUAGGAUUGUAAAUAAAUUUCAAACGAGAGCCUAGUAUAAUGAUUAUCACGUUGUUGUUUUCAUUAUAACGUAAUGUUAUUUACAUAAAUUAUUAUAUCAUCCUAUAUAUACAUAUAUAUCUAUAUU